AAAAGGAGACAACAUCAUUAAGUAUAAAAUCAACAUCUGCAUUUCUUACUGAAAUGUUAACUUCUGCUACUGACAAGGAGUCUUCUGAUGACCAGGCUGACGUGGAUGACAAAAAAGAAAAAAGAGCAAAUUGGGUUAAUCAAAACGGUGCGCUUAUUGGUGGAAUAGUAUCAGGAGUUGCCGUUCUUACUGUAGUUACAACACUAGCUGUAUGUAAAUUCAGAUCAAUAGGACCUUUCAAAUCGGGAGAUGACAAUACAAAUCAAUCAGUUAUAUUUUCAAACAACUCGGAAAAAGGCAAAACUACUAAAACAGUAUUGAAUCAAUCACACAGCUCCGACAAAUUUCAAAUGGUGAAUAAAAAUGAAAGGGCAGGAACAGGAAAUGCAGAUGUUGACAAUAUUUACACUGAUUCAUCUAAUGGAGAAUAUGACCUCUUAAAUGAUUUGCAGAGACGGAAGAUUAGAUUACAAGAAAAUGUAUACGACAGCAAUGCAAUAAUGCAAAAUCAAGAUGACCAAACGUAUGAUCGAUCAGUGUUCAGGAAAUUGUGUCAUGAAGGAGAUGUGAAUGAUUAUUCAUUGGCAACAAGAAGAAACAGUGGGGAUUAUGACUUUGCUUUAAAUUAUAAAGCUGAAAAAGGGAAUGAAAAUGACAUAUAUGAUAAAACAUGUUAACAUUUCAAACCUUACCUUACUACACAGGGUAGAUACG